GCUAUAUAAACCUCAAUCGACCAACACAGUCUCAUACCAAACCAAAAUUCAUCAAUCAAAUUCCACUCACUACUACUCUCUCUUUCCAUCAUUGUCCCCUUAAAAAUCAUGAGUGUAGAAAUACUAGACGGUGCAACCAUCGUAGGAUUCGUGGAGGACGAGGAAGCCUUCAACGUCUGCGUGAGCGACCUCUUCACCCAACUGGACACCGACAAGGACGGUCUUCUCUCUUACGCGGAGAUGCUGAAGGAGUUGCAGAGGCUGAGGGUGUUCGAGACCCACUUCGGCGUCGACGUGAAGCGUGACCCCGACGAACUCGCACGUGUGUACGAGUCCAUGUUCGUGCAAUUCGACCACGACUUGAAUGGGAGGGUUGAUCUUGAAGAAUUCAAGGAGGAAACGAAGCAGAUAAUGCUUGCCAUGGCGAAUGGACUUGGAUUUCUCCCUGUUCAGAUGGCUCUUGAACACGAUAGCCUCCUCAUGAAAGCCGUUCAACGAGAGUACUGUCCCAAAAUUGCGGCUUAAAGAAUUAAUAUGCAUAUGGGGAAAUUUUGCAUCCACCGCGCGCAAUAUAUGCAUGCAUGCAUCAUGCAUGGUGGUGAUAUCAUUUAUACGCUUUGUUACGUUUUAAUUUUGCGUCAUUGAUUCAGUGGUUUAUAUGUUUGUGUUUUGAUUAACUUUUAUUGUAGUUGUUGGCCAGUUGGGUACUUGCGCUUGUUGAUUGCUUAACUGGUCAUUGAUCAAUUAGAAAUUAAAUGAGCUUAAUUAAACAUAGAAGGAGCUUAAUUAAUUAUC